AACUGUACGUCGGAUGAUGGCGAGUGGACGGCAACUUUCUCAGCGGCUGAGGCGAGAGCCUGUAUUAAGUUACCGCUGGUUCGACGAAAACUACCUCGGUGCGGCGCAUGGACUUGCCGGUAUUUACUACGUGCUUCUGUGCGCCCGGCGGCUCGGUUUCCUGCUCAGCGAAGAGGAUCUGGCCGACGUAGAAUCCUCCGUAAAUUGGCUUUUAGACAAUUGCAAGCUUCGCGGAUCUGAUGGGAAUUAUCCAGCGACCCUUUAAGGCACUUAAGUAUGCUAAUCGUUGAUCCAAUUCGCUCUAUCACUGCCAUUAUAUAUUUAUCAUGAUCUCAUAGAAUAGAUAGAUGAAGGGCACUAAUAUCUUCUUCUUCAGUAGUUGCUGUCCGUCUCCCUGACCCUGUGUACUAGAAGGAGCUGGUCGUCGUGGUGGAACUCGUCUGGGUAGAAGAUGAAAGAAUCCCUUAGGCUUCGAUGUAGAAGUAAAAGAAAAAUCUUCAUCAUGAUGAUGUUCUUUAUCCUGGUCGAACAACAAGUACAAGAGAGGUCAUGUUGAUCAUCUGCGUCCUCUAAUCAUGGGACGAAGAGAGUUCACCGUCAUCAAGCAAGCGGCCGAGGCCAAAUGAAUCUGAUGGCUACUUGUGUCACUUCUGUCACGGUGCUCCUGGUUUUGUUUUCCUUCUGUGCGAGGCUCACCGCUGUCUUGGACACAAGAGUGCCCGUUAUAUGGAAGAAGCCUUGCAGUUGGGCGCUCUAGUUGCGAAUUUCGGCGUGUUGCAGAAGGGCGUGGGACUGUGUCAUGGCACCGCGGGUAACGGCUUCGCCCUCCUUGCGCUCCACCGCACUUUUCCCGAGCACUCCGCUGCUGCAGCAGGCGGCGGUCCUCAUAACCAGCACCAAGUCGACGUGAGUGGUAAUAAAAGUGCUGGUCGUGGUCGAGCAGGACGAGCCUCAUCUAGUAGGCCAACAUCAUCAUCGUCAUCCGACAUUCGACCGCUCACGGCUUUUGGUCCUAGCAGGUGGCUUCGCGCAGCCGGAUUUUUCACAAUGCAAAUCGUCGAGUGGGAUGCAGUCACAACAAGAUUCUUACAAAAAUUAGGGCUCUGCGUGCUUUGUUUUAUACGAAUAUAAUUCCAGCAUCUUAAUAUUACAUCAUCGAUCUACUCUUGCUGACUCACUUCGUGUUUGUUCCCAAGAAAGCCUUAAAUUUCUUUUCAUAUCUCUUUUGGUUUUCGUUUUGCUUUCGCUAUAGAAAAGGGCCUAAUAUAUAGAUUGGCCUGAUUAGAUUAUGGCGUUUAUUUAGUUUCAGGAUGAAAGCGAACUUUCUGUAUCUUCAUCGAGCUCCUGCUCUGAUGUCUCAUCUCUAACGAAAUCGAGAGGGACGACGUCAACUACAGUCGGGUGGUGUGAUCAUCCAUGGUCAUUAUAUGAGGGAAUCGCUGGUGCCGUCGUCUUUUUAGAGGCAAUCGUCAACGAGUUUCGCAGGGAGCAAGAGAUGGCAUUUUUAGAAGAAAGUAAGAAUAAGUCAUGGUCUACAAGAGACCAUGACAGGACAGAGAAAAACGCGGUGUCUACUUCGCUACAUAGAAACCGUUUCCCGCUUUUUGAACUGUGAUCAUGAAUUUAUUUAUAUUUUGUCAUUGACUCUACUUCUCCGUCUCCUUGUGUACUAGUCUACAAGCGAUUGAGCACUUCUAGAAAUACCUUCUUCCUUUAUUAUUUUGAUGUUGGGUGGAAGGACAAGGCUCAACAAGGAUUAGGGCGUCUGAUAUGAAGAUGUUGAUGAUGAUUUUAAGAAUAUCUUUUUCUACAGCUAACGACCCCCAUCGUUUCUACGUUCGUUAAAAGGUUCACAACAUCCUAUUUGAUAUGUGUACG